AUGCUCGCGCUCCUCUCCCUCGCCCAGGCCCAGCCAUCAACAUCACGAACCGGCGCCCUCCUUGCGCGGGCCCUCAACCAACGCAGGCUCCACGCCUCCCCCCUCCCCCUCGCCGCACACUUUGACACGCAGCUCCUCGUCGAGCGUCUCCAACAACAUGGCCUGACUCCCGAACAAGCCCAAGGUCUUUCCUCUGUCCUUGCCGAGGCGAUUGACGAGACUGUGCGUACCACCGAAACGGGCCUCGUCUCCAAGAGCGCCCAGGAGAAACAGCGAUACACCCAAAACGUCGACUUUGCACAACUGAAAAGCGAGCUGGCCCUGCACGAGAAGACAGACUUGACCCUCAUGAAGGCCGAAAAUGAGAGAUUGCAGGCAGAUGUGGAGAGGUUGAAGCAAAGGCUGAGAGAGGAGAUUACGCGGACACAGGCCGGAGUACGGCUCGAUCUUAAUGUGGAUAAGGGAAGACUUAAAGAUGAUGCGGCACAGCAGGAACUCAAGAUCAAGGAGGUGGAUACGCGGAUCGAGAGCGAGAUUGCUGGGUUGCGCACACAGAUUGAACAGGCCAAGUUUUCCAUCUUGCAGUAUCUCGUUGGUGUGGCGACGGGUUCUGGCGCGCUGCUCAUGGCUUACAUGCGCAUGAUGAUGUGA